GCGGUAAAAUUUAAUAUGGCCGCCAGUGUUGGAAACGUUGAAAAAGAUGAAAAUAAAUUGUGAAUAGUGUGCAAUUCCUUAAGCUAAAAUGAUAAGGUAAAAUUGUGUUCCACGAUAUGUAACAUGUAACAACAGUAUACGUAAUUAUAGCCUUCUGGAAAUGGUUUUUAGAUUUUCAAACAAGUUUAGAGAAGAUUUGGAACUUAUAUAUGCCAAGUACACCAAUCCAUUUGAUGGUGCACCUGAGUUAACAUUGAGCACUUGUGAGCUACCAGAAAAUGUACAGUUAAUAGAAAAUUAUUCAAAAUGUGGCAAGUGGACUGUAUUAGAAGGUUCUUCAAGAGAUAUGUAUGCAGAUGACAGUUCUGAUGAAAGCAAUGUUGACACAUCAGAUGAAGAAGGGCAAUCAAGUUGCUAUGAUUCUGAUGAGCAAAACAGUUCAAAUUGCAGUCCUUCAUUUGAGACAUUAUUCAGAGAUAAAUACCCAAGAUCAUGUGUAAAGAGGGCCUCAGAAUCUCCAUCAAUGGACUGGACGUCAACGCAAUCAACAUGCAGGAAAUCAACAAUAAGCAAUAAUGUAUUAGCUAAACCAUGUGCUGCUUACGAUAUUGAUGAACAAUGUAAACCCCAAGAAAGUUACACUUCCUAAGGAUUUGUGGUCUCAGGUUCAACAAUGUCUACAUCUAAUGACAAGUGUAUUUAGUCGAUUAAAGACUGAAUGUGGUGAGGAAAAUGAUGGCAAUGGAAGUCCAUCUCAAAGAAGGCAAGUUUGGUUGAAAAAUCUUGUGUGAAGCAAAGACUAUUUGAUGAUUGCAAAGUAUCUGAUUUCCAAAGGGCAAUCUGUAGAGAAACUAUUUGUUAGACAGAAAGGAUCAAAGGGACCAGGCAUUGAGCUUGCAUCAAGAAAGAGAUUUCUUCAUGAUUCCGGAUGUACAAUUGCAGAAAUUGAAAAUUUUGAUUCUGGUUUUAGUCAAGAGAAUAGCAGUGAUGAUUUCAUUUCAGCAUCAUGCAAAACCACAGUGUCAGAAACUAGUAAUGGGAGUUGUUGUGAAUCACUUUAUCGAAAAAGAGGUUUUGUAAAAGAAUCUACUGCUGACUAUUGUCCGAAAUCCACCAGAGGUGAUUUAUCGUGUCACAAAUAUCUCACCAGAACCAUAACAAGGUUACACAAGGAUUGUCUGUGAAAAAAACAUCGCAGAUAUCGUCUUGUGAGAAGAAGAUCAAAUAAAGCCAAAUCAACAAGUAAUGAUACCAAAGAAAUGAAUGAAUGUACUAAAGAGACAUGAUGCUGUGAGAAAUGAACAUUCAUUUGAUCAAUGUCUUAGUGAUACAGAAGACUUUCACAUAUCUAAGAGUGGAAAAAAGAAGAUUGUGGAAUGUAAGCAACAAAGUGAAUUCAGUAGUUCACCCGAAAUGCAUGAAGUUAUACUGGUUUCUGCUCCAUCAACACCAGUCAUUCAGAAGUCGUUGGAUUGUCCUCAAGAAAUGUCUAAAAACACCACCCCCCCUCCCCAGUACCGACGUUCAUCCACCCACGCAGGGUUCCUGGAAGCCAAACUUCGCUAUACACUGAGUUAAACAUAAAGGAACGUUGUUCUUCCACUCCACGUAAACAUAUCCAGAUAAACGGAAGAGGUAAAAAACUCCUAAACCAUAACGAGUGUCUGAAACAACUUGAAUUUCCCACUCCAUGUAGUUUACCGGCAGAUUCGAUGCCUAGUCCGAUCAGGUCCACUGCAAAUAACAAACAUUUGAAUGGAACGUCAUCAAGCCCUAAAUCGGAAUGUACGAAAGAUUCCUUGGUGAAGUCAAUCAGCACACAAUCGCCAAGUUCUAUUCUAAUACCCGAGAUUUCAGUGAAUUUCUUAGGACCCAAAGAAAUUGUUGAGAGAAGUAGCCUGGUUAAGGACAAUACAAAUAAACAUAAAUCGCGUUUACUCGAAAUAAAGAUAUCACUGGUGCCCCGCCACGCCCGCCAUGCCACAUCCCAAUUGAUCGUUCAAAACAAAAACACUUGUCACACAUACCUUGCAAUGAUGAAGAUGGAAACUUUUCUUAAAAGGCACAGCCAGUUUAUAUCCCACCUCAACUCCUGGAGUUGAGCCAAGUAAAAGAAGAGAACAAUGUUAUAGAGAUGAUGCCCGUGUUAAAUUCAACUCCGAGAUAAGAACAAGUGGCAAAACGACCGCUAAUUUCAAGAGGUCUAUGACAACGAUAGAUGGACCCAAGUUGAUGGGUGUCCUUCUGACAGUUAUCAACAGCUACCACGCCUAAAAAUUACCCCACGUCGCCGAACAUUUCAUCCCUAUGCCACUGCGAAUAAGUUUCCAAAAAACACCAUCACCAACUGUCAGGUCAUCACUGAUUUCACCAUUACGAGAUCUUACAAUCAAAACACCAUCAUCGUCUUCUUACAAGUGGACUACACUUGAUCGUAGCCCCAUGGCUAUUGUGUUAAAGAAGCUCGAAGAAUGUCUGAUCCAGUCGUAGCAUCCCGGAAGAUAUUAAAGUUUGGUUCACACGAUGCGCAAAGUGAUAGAUUUAAUCCAGACAGAGAAGAAAAAGUGACUCGGCAUGAUUUUCAAUCAUAUCCGAGAUGCAGUGAAAGUAGCUCACAAAGCGUCCCAGGAAGUUACUGUUGAGGAAAGGUAUAAUGACAGAUUCUAGUUGUGAAGGGGAUGACUCUCGUUCGAACUGCCUUAAUGGAAAAUGUACAAAGACUUUCUGCUUUAACUGUUCCAUGGAAUUGUCGUAAUUAUUUUGGCUGCUGUAAGAUCAAAUAGUAAUCUUAGUACAUUUUUUAAAAUGUAGAUUUCAUAAAUGUUUAUACUUGUUGUGCGUUUAAUAAAAUGUUAUUACUUUCACUUCGUGUCUAUCGCUAACUUUUACCUUCGGCUUCGGAUUUCUAUU